AUGGUUGGAAGUACGCUAGCCAUCCGCUCUAAGAUGGUAUCUCCAUCAACCAUGCAGUUGUCGUCACUGUCGCGCAGGUCGCUUUCGACGCGAUCCCAUCUUCACUCCGCACUCGCCGUGAGAUCCAGCGGUUUCUCCCAACAAUCCUUUCAGCGCACUGCUCGCCGUACAUACGCCGACGCCACUCCCGCUCCGAAGCCCAAGAAGCGAUUCAGGUUUCUGCGAUGGACUUGGCGCUUGACUUUGUUGACCGGCCUCGGUAUGACCGGUGCUUUGGCUUACAGCAUUUACGAAUUGCGCCACCCCAUCGACCAGCAGGAACCGGACCCGGAGAAGAAGACCCUGGUUGUCUUGGGUACUGGAUGGGGCUCUAUUUCCCUCCUGAAAAAGCUUGAUACCGAGAAUUACAACGUCGUUGUGGUCUCGCCCCGCAACUACUUCCUCUUCACCCCACUGCUGCCCUCCUGCACCACCGGUCUGAUUGAACACCGUUCCAUCAUGGAGCCCAUCCGCAAUAUCCUCCGCCAGAAACAGGCCAAUGUGAAGUUUUACGAAGCCGAGGCCACGAAGAUCGACUACGAGAAGCGUGUUGUGUAUAUCAGUGACGACUCUGAGAUCAAGGGUGACACGUCGCAAACUGAGGUGCCCUUCGACAUGCUUGUGGUUGGUGUCGGCGCUGAGAACGCAACCUUCGGAAUCAAGGGUGUCAAGGAAAACUCCUGCUUCUUGAAGGAAGUUGGCGAUGCCCAGAAGAUUCGUAAGCGUAUCAUGGACUGCGUAGAAACCGCCAUGUUCAAGGACCAGUCCGAAGAGGAGGUGAAGCGACUGUUGCAUAUGGUUGUCGUCGGCGGUGGUCCCACCGGUGUUGAAUUCGCCGGUGAACUGCAGGAUUUCUUCGAGGAAGACUUGAAGAAAUGGAUCCCCGACAUCCAGAAGAACUUCCAUGUGACUCUGGUCGAGGCUCUGCCCAAUGUGCUUCCCAUGUUCUCCAAGCAACUUAUUGACUACACCGAAUCGACCUUCAAGGAGGAGGCUAUUUCCAUUAGAACCAAGACCAUGGUCAAGAAUGUUACCGAUAAGUACAUCGAGGCCGAAGUCACUAAGCCCGAUGGCUCCAAGGAAACGGAAAUCAUUCCAUAUGGUCUGCUCGUCUGGGCUACUGGUAAUGCGGUUCGCAGCGUGGUCCGGGACCUUAUUAGCCAGCUCCCGGCUCAGAAGAACUCGCGUCGCGGUCUUGCUGUCAACGAAUAUCUCGUCGUGAACGGAACGGAAAACGUUUGGGCUGUCGGAGAUUGCGCUAUCACCAACUAUGCCCCAACUGCCCAGGUUGCCAGCCAGGAGGGUGCCUUCCUUGCCCGCCUUUUCAACACCAUGGCUAAGACAGAGGAGAUUGAGAAGGAGCUAAAGAGGCUGUCUGAGGCUCAAUCGCAAGCCAAGGGAGAAGAGCGCGAUGCAAUCUUUGAUGAGAUCCGUGAACGCCAGAGACAGCUGCGGAGAACAAAGCAGAUUGGUCCCUUCCAGUACUCGCACCAGGGAAGUCUGGCCUACAUUGGCAAGGAACGUGCGGUUGCAGACAUCAGCUGGCUGAGUGGCAACAUCGCAAGUGGUGGAACUAUGACCUAUCUCUUCUGGCGUAGCGCUUAUCUGAGCAUGUGCUUCAGCACUCGGAACCGUGUCCUGGUCGCUGUCGACUGGAUCAAGGCCAAGCUGUUUGGCCGUGACGUUUCUCGGGAGUAA